AUGGCGCACAUCUACGAGGUCGGGACACGGGCCUGGCAGCCCGACCCGACGGAGGGCUGGGUCGCAUCCGAGGUGAAAGAGAAGCUGGUGGACGGAGAUAAGGUUCAGCUGGUGUUUGAGUUGGAAAAUGGCGAGACCAAGACUGUCGAGACCACCCAGGCCGAGCUGCAGGUCGACAACAACUCGAAACUACCGCCCCUGAUGAACCCGGCUAUGUUGGAAGCGAGCGAGGACUUGACGAAUCUGUCCCACCUGAACGAGCCUGCAGUCCUCCAGGCUAUCAAGCUCCGCUAUGCCCAGAAAGAAAUCUACACCUACAGUGGUAUCGUGCUGAUUGCGACCAAUCCCUUUGCCCGAGUCGACUCGCUCUAUGUCCCGCAGAUGGUCCAAGUCUAUGCCGGGAAACAGCGCGCUUCUCAGGCACCUCACUUGUUCGCUAUCGCCGAGGAAGCUUUUGCUGACAUGCUCCGCGAUGGCAAGAACCAAACGAUCGUCGUCUCCGGUGAAUCCGGUGCUGGUAAGACCGUGAGCGCCAAGUAUAUUAUGCGUUACUUUGCGACUCGGGAGUCCUCCGACCAGCCCGGCAAAUACAGCACGAGUCGCGCAGACGCCACCACCGAGACCGAAGAGCAGAUUCUGGCAACCAACCCAGUGAUGGAAGCCUUCGGUAACGCUAAGACAACCCGAAACGAUAACUCCUCUCGGUUCGGAAAGUACAUUGAGAUCAUGUUUGACGAGCGCACGAACAUCAUUGGCGCAAAGAUCCGUACAUACCUACUUGAGCGAUCUAGACUUGUGUUCCAGCCGCUUAAGGAGCGGAACUACCAUAUCUUCUAUCAGCUCGUGGCCGGUGCCACCGACGAGGAGAGGCAGGACCUGGGUCUGUUGCCCGUCGAGGAAUUUGAAUAUCUCAACCAGGGUGGUACGCCAAUCAUCGACGGUGUGGACGACAAGGCCGAGUUUGAUGCGACGAGGAAGUCUCUGGCCACCAUCGGUGUGUCAACAGGACACCAGACUGAAAUCUUCCGUAUCCUUGCGGCUCUGCUGCACCUGGGUAAUGUGAAGAUCACGGCCACUCGUACAGACUCCUCUCUUUCACCAUCGGAGCCAUCCCUCGUGCGUGUCUGCGAGAUGCUCGGGAUUGAUGCCAAUGAGUUCGCCAAGUGGAUCGUUAAGAAGCAGCUGAUCACUCGUGGCGAGAAGAUUACUUCCAACCUCACCCAGCAGCAGGCUGUCGUGGUUCGAGACUCGGUUGCCAAAUUCAUCUACUCUAGUCUGUUCGACUGGCUCGUGGACACGAUCAACCGUGGGUUGGCCAAGGAUGAGGUUAUUGAGCGAGUCAAGACCUUCAUCGGUGUCCUUGAUAUCUACGGUUUCGAGCACUUCGCCAAGAACUCCUUUGAGCAGUUCUGUAUCAACUACGCGAACGAGAAGUUGCAGCAGGAGUUCAACCAGCACGUGUUCAAGCUCGAGCAGGAGGAAUAUGUGCGAGAGGAGAUUGACUGGACAUUCAUUGAUUUCUCCGACAACCAGCCCUGUAUUGAUCUGAUCGAGGCCAAGCUUGGAGUCUUGGCUCUUCUGGACGAAGAAUCCAGACUUCCUAUGGGAUCCGACGAGCAAUUUGUUACGAAGCUCCACCACCACUUCGCUGCCGAUAAGCAAAAGUUCUACAAGAAACCUCGCUUCGGCAAGUCCGCUUUCACCGUUUGCCACUAUGCUGUUGAUGUUACCUACGAGUCAGAUGGCUUCAUCGAGAAGAACCGAGACACCGUUCCUGAUGAGCACAUGGAGGUGCUGCGCAACUCCUCUAAUAGCUUCAUUAAGGAGAUUUUGGACACUGCCGCCGCCGUUCGCGAGAAGGACUCGGCUGCGGUUUCAUCUAAGGCUGUGGCUGCGGCGCCUGGACGUCGUAUUGGUGUCGCUGUCAACCGCAAACCCACUCUGGGUGGAAUCUUCAAGUCCUCGCUCAUUGAGCUGAUGAACACUAUCAACUCUACCGAUGUGCACUACAUUCGUUGUAUCAAGCCCAACGAAGCCAAGGAGGCUUGGAAGUUCGAGGGCCCCAUGGUUCUCAGCCAGUUGCGAGCUUGUGGUGUUUUGGAGACUGUCCGAAUUAGUACGGCCGGUUAUCCCACUCGUUGGACAUACGAAGAGUUUGCCAUUCGUUACUACAUGCUCUGCCAUUCUUCGCAGUGGACGUCUGAGAUCCGAGACAUGUGUCAUGCUAUCUUGCGCAAGGCCCUCGGUGAUGCGAACCACCAGAAGCAGGACAAGUACCAGCUUGGUCUGACUAAGAUCUUCUUCCGGGCUGGUAUGCUUGCCUUUUUGGAGAACCUGCGAACUUCGCGCUUGAACGAGUGUGCCAUUAUGAUCCAGAAGAACCUGCGUUGCAAGUACUACCGACGCCGCUAUCUGGAGGCUCGUGAGUCCAUCCUCACCACUCAGGCCUUCAUUCGAGGAUUCCUGGCUCGCCAGCGCGCUCAGGAGAUCCGCCGAAACAAGGCUGCAACCACCAUUCAGCGGGUCUGGCGUGGUUCCAAGGAGAGGAAGAGCUACACGUCCAUUCGGAACAAUGUCAUUUUGUUCCAGUCUGUGAUGAAGGGUUUCCUCUGCCGUCGGAACAUCAUGGACUCUAUCAAUGGCAACGCAGCCAAGGUCAUUCAGCGUGCAUUCCGUUCGUGGCGUCAAUUGCGUGCCUGGCGACAAUACCGUCAAAAGGUUAUCACUGUCCAGAACUUGUGGAGAGGAAAGCAGGCUCGCAAGGCUUACAAGACUCUGCGCGAAGAGGCCCGCGAUCUGAAGCAAAUCUCUUACAAGCUGGAGAACAAGGUCGUGGAGCUUACCCAGAUCUUGCAGACACUGAAGCUCGAGAACAAGUCCUUGGCUUCGCAAUUGGACAACUACGAAACCCAACUGAAAUCAUGGCGUGCCCGGCAUAACGCGCUUGAGGCACGUGCAAAGGAGCUGCAGGCAGAGGCCAACCAGGCCGGUAUUACUGCGGCUCGAUUGGAAGCAGUUGAGGAAGAGUUGAGCAAGAUGACCCAGACCCAGGCCGAGAACCAGGCUACCAUUAAGCGUAUGCAAGAAGAGGAGCGGGUCACCCGCGAGACGAUCCGCGUGACGAGCGAUGAAUUGGAGCGUCUCAAGAUUGCGAACGCUGAGGCCGAGGCCGAGAAAGCCGUUCUCCGUCAACGGGUUGCGGAGCUCGAGGAAGAGCUCGAAAUCGCUAAGCGAUCGGUGCCUGUCAACGGUGUCAAUGGCGACCUGCAGAAUGGCGCUGCCGCACCUACACCCGCGAACGGUUUGAUUAACCUUGUUUCGUCCAAGAAGCCCAAGCCCCAACGGCGCAGUGCUGGUGCAGAGAGGGUUGGGACGGAUCGCUUCAGUGGUGCAUUCAACCCGCGCCCAGUCUCUAUGGCUAUCCCCGGGCCUGCCAUCGCUCGGUCAACUGCCGCCAUCUCUCCGGGUCUGGACUCGGUGGAGGCCGAACUCGAGAAUUUGUUGGCUGCAGAGGAUGAUCUGAAUGAUGAGGUUACGAUGGGUCUGAUCCGCAACUUGAAGAUUCCCCUGCCCAGCUCGACUCCUCCUCCUACCGAGAAGGAGGUUCUCUUCCCUGCGUACUUGAUCAACCUGGUUACUUCGGAGAUGUGGAACAAUGGAUUUGUCAAGGAGUCGGAGCGUUUCUUGGCCAACGUGAUGCAGUCCAUCCAGCAGGAGGUUAUGCAGCACGAUGGCGAGGAUGCGAUCAACCCCGGUGCCUUCUGGCUUUCCAACGUCCACGAGAUGCUAUCGUUUGUCUUCCUGGCUGAGGAUUGGUACGAGGCGCAGAAGACGGACAACUACGAAUAUGACCGUCUGCUGGAGAUUGUGAAGCACGACUUGGAGAGCUUGGAGUUCAACAUCUACCACACAUGGAUGAAGGUGUUGAAGAAGAAGCUGUACAAGAUGAUUGUUCCCGCGAUUAUCGAGUCCCAGUCUCUGCCUGGUUUCGUGACCAGCGAAACCAACCGCUUCCUCGGCAAGCUGCUGCCCUCGAACAACAACCCGGCUUACAGCAUGGAUAACCUGCUGAGCCUUCUGAAUGGAGUCUACCGGGCUAUGAAGGCGUUCUACAUUGAGGACACCAUCAUCACGCAGACCGUCACCGAGCUUCUGAAGCUGGUGGGUGUCACUGCAUUCAACGAUCUUCUUAUGCGGCGAAACUUCUUGUCGUGGAAGCGUGGUCUCCAGAUCAACUACAACAUUACCCGGAUUGAGGAGUGGUGCAAGAGCCAUGAUAUGCCCGAGGGAACGCUGCAGUUGGAGCACCUGAUGCAAGCGACCAAGCUGCUUCAGCUGAAGAAGGCCACCUUGAACGAUAUCGAGAUUAUUCAAGAUAUCUGCUGGAUGCUCUCCCCCAACCAAAUCCAGAAGCUCUUGAACCAGUACCUGGUUGCCGACUACGAACAGCCCAUCAAUGGCGAGAUCAUGAAGGCCGUUGCUUCUCGGGUUACCGAGAAGAGCGACGUGCUCCUCCUGACUCCCGUGGAUAUGGAGGACAGUGGUCCCUACGAGAUUGCCGAGCCCCGUGUGAUCACCGCUUUGGAGACCUAUACCCCAUCUUGGCUCCAAACGCCACGAUUGAAGCGGCUGGCUGAGAUUGUAUCUGCGCAAGCGAUUGCACAGCAGGAUAAGCUUGGGAUAGAUAACGGGGUGUUGGAGGAGUAG